AUGCUGGCUCGCCAGAGGCUUGGUGACGGUGCUCUAGGGGAUCCCCAGGAGAAGCCAAUUCAAAUCAGCGGCAAGGUCGUUGAAGAAGUCGGCUUCGACAAGAUCCGGAAACAGCUCGCCGAGCUCCAGGAACUGAAGAUCGUGCUCCUUGACGGGCUGCGCGUGGCCGGCGUUCUUGCCCAAGAGGCGAGUCUUGAACAGUAUGAUGCUGCGCUCCAAGAGAUUCAACAGACGUGCCCCAAGAUCAUGGAGCUCGACCUCAGCCGGAACUUGAUCAACCGCUGGAAGGAAGUUUCGUGUAUCUGCAGUAGGCUGAAGCGUCUGAGAAAGUUGAAGCUAAAUGGUAAUCGAUUUUGUUCGGUGGAAGAGAGCUUGAAAUUUGAGGGCAUCACAGAGCUCCAUUUAGAUGACACUCUGCUGUCUUGGGACGAGAUAUCAUCUGUAGCUGGCCAGUUCCCGUCGCUGACCACGCUGUCCGCGUCAGCGAACCAACUCUCAGCUCUUACGACCCCCAUCGCGAACACGAUCACUACACUAAGCUUAGAACAUAAUACCAUUUGCUCUCUGUCUUCAGUCGAAAUAUUGACAUCACUAACAAACCUCAAACACCUCUCUCUACGAGGAAACAUCAUCGACAAAGUCUAUGAACCAGAGCCCGCAGAGAAACCCCUCCGAUUCUCUCCCAGCCUAAAGUCCAUUGACCUCUCCCGCAACAACAUCCAUUCGUGGGUAUUUGUGAAUGAACUCUCAGACGCGAUACCAAACCUCGAAACUCUCCGCAUAUCGGGCAACCCGCUCUUCAACCAGCCCGUGGGUCCGUCAGUCGUGACGGGGAUGCCCGAAAAGCCCAUGACCGUGGACGAAGCAUACAUGUUAACCUUGGCACGACUAGCCUCCCUGCAGGUUCUCAACUACGGCAAAAUCACGCCGAAGGAUCGCACCAACGGCGAACUCUACUACCUCUCUCUCAUAGGGAAAGAACUAUCCGCCUCCCCGGAGACUGCGGAGCACGAGAUCCUCUCAGCGCACCCGCGCUACAAAGCUCUCUGUGAGAUCCACGGAGCCCCGGUGAUCAGUAGGGCUUCUACUGCUAUGGGGUCAGGGACGGCCGUCAAUCCGCGGUCUGUUGCUGCCCGUCUGGUCAAGAUGGUCUUUCGCAUGCGUUGCGACGGGGAUGGCGCGGAAACUGUGAAGGUGGUGGAGGUUCCCCGAUCGUUCGACGUGUAUCAGGUCAAGGCUAUCGUGGCUCGGGUUUUCAGUUUGACGCCGCUUUCGUUCCGGCUGAUCUGGGAGACUGAUGAGUUGGACCCUGUCAGUCGGGAGAACAUGGAGGCGGAUGAAGGCUGGGAUAGUGAAGAUGAGGGUGGACAAGCACUGGCGGCGGCGGACUCUGAUCCUGGAUUCGUGCGACGAGAGGUUGAACUCAUUGAUACGACCAAGGAUAUAGGUUUCUGGUUCCAGUCUGAUCUAGUUGAGGCGAGGGUCAGAGUGGAAAGUCUGCCGUGUUGA